UGCCAACCACUUCCGGUAAGAUUACAACUCGCCACGGCGCUGCUUGUGGAUGCCCCAGGAAGCUGUUCUUCCCAGAGUUUGGGGAAGAGGCUGCGUCGCUGUAGCCCAGAGAAGCGUAGGGGACCCUGUGGCAGCGCAGCUGAGGGCAAGUCCCAUCUCCGAGGAAGCCCGGUUUCCGGGAGCGCGCGGACGCCCAGUCUGUCCAAUCUCCCUCUCUGUCUGGGACGGAAUCCCCGCCGGGUGUCACCGUCGCCCCCGGCGACAGUGACGAGCUCCCGAGCCUUGAGCAGUCCGAGCUAGGGGCCGGGGGUCGGUGGGCCCGGCCGUCCGGGCCCUUUGGCCCCGAGGAAGGCCAUGGAUUUCUCCAAGUUCCUGGCGGAUGACUUCGAGGUGAAGGAGUGGAUCAACGGGGCCUUCAAGGCAGUCCCCAAGGAGGCGCCGGGGAAGGUGGACGGGCACGCCGCCACACUGGUGAUGAAGCUGCAGCUCUUCAUCCAGGAAGUCAACAACGCCGUGGAGGAAACCAGUCAACAGGCCCUCCAGAAUAUGCCCAAAGUUCUCCGAGAUGUGGAAGCGCUUAAACAGGAAGCAUCUUUCCUGAAGGAGCAAAUGAUUCUUGUCAAGGAAGAUAUUAAAAAGUUUGAACAGGACACAGCUCAGUCAAUGCAGGUGCUGGUAGAGAUUGACCAGGUGAAAUCCAGAAUGCAACUGGCUGCAGAAUCCCUUCAAGAAGCAGAUAAGUGGAGCACCUUGAGUGCAGAUAUUGAAGAAACAUUCAAGACACAAGAUGUGGCUGUGAUUUCCGCCAAAUUAACCAGUAUGCAGAACAGUUUGACCAUGCUUGUAGACACACCAGAUUACUCAGAUAAAUGUGUGCACCUUGAGGCAUUGAAGAACAGGCUCGAGGCCAUGGCCAGUCCACAGAUAGUGGCUGCAUUCAAUUCUCAGUCCAUAGAUCAGGCCAAAGUAUUUGUGAACGUUUUUAUGGAAAUUGACCGAAUGCCUCAACUUCUUGCUUACUAUUUCAAAUGUCAUAAGGCACAGCUUUUGGCAUCCUGGCAGGAUCUUUGCCAGAGUGACCUACCUUUAGACCGACAGCUGACUGAAUUCUAUGACACUUUGCUUGGUGCCUGGCACCAACUCCAGUGGUCUAUGCAGGUCUUCAAGAAUCCUCAUGAGGUGGUGACCGUGCUUCUGAUUCAGACGUUGAAUGCUUUGGUACCCUCUCUGCCAGUCUGCCUGGAGUCUGGAGUGGAGAGAGUGGGGCCUGACACAAGGCUCACCAAGCUCCUAGAACUCUAUGACACCACUGCCCACUUUGCCAAGGGUCUGGAGAUGGUGCUUCUCUCGCACUCCCGAGAACACAACUUGGUGAAGGUCAUGGAACUGGUGGAAGCUGUGUAUGGCCCAUACAAACCCUACCAGCUACAGUACGGAGAACUGGAAGAGAGUCAUCUCCUCAUUCAGAUCAGUGCUGUCCCUUUGGAACAUUGGGAAGUUAUUGACUGUGUUCAGGAGCUGAGCCACUCAGUGAAUAAACUCUUUGGUUUGGCCUCAGGAGCUGUGGAUAGAUGCAUCAAAUUCACAGAUGGACUGGGGACUUGUGGGCUUCUGUCAGCCCUGAAAUCUCUUUUCACAAAGUAUGUAUCUGAUUUCACUAACACCCUCCAGUCAAUCCGAAAGAAGUGUAAACUUGAUGAUAUUCCUUCCAGCUCCCUUUUCCAAGAAGAUUGGACAGCUUUCCAGAACUCUGUUAGGAUAAUAGCCACCUGUGGUGAACUUUUGCGGCACUGUGGGGACUUUGAGCAACAGCUAGCAAACAGGAUUUUGUCCACAGCUGGGAAGUAUCUUGCAGACUCUUACAGCCCUCGUAGUUUGACUGGCUUUCAGGACAGCAGCCUGACUGAUAAGAAGAGCUCUGUUAAGAACCCAUGGCAGGAAUAUAAUUAUCUUCAGAAGGAGAAUCCAGUAGAAUAUGCCAGUUUAAUGGAAGUACUUUACACUCUCAAGGAAAAAGGCUCAAGUAAUCACAGCCUGCUGUCUGCCUCUCGUACAGCCCUAACUCGCCUUAAUCAGCAGGCCCACCAAUUGGCCUUUGAUUCUGUUUUCCUGCGCAUCAAACAACAGCUUCUACUAAUUUCCAAGAUGGAGAGUUGGAACACAGCUGGAAUUGGAGAGACUUUGACAGAUGAUCUUCCCACAUUUAGCCUUACCCCUCUUGAAUAUAUUAGCAACAUUGGGCAGUAUAUCAUGUCCCUCCCACUAAAUCUUGAGCCAUUUGUUACCCAGGAAGAUUCUGCUUUGGAAUUAGCAUUGCAUGCUGGAAAGCUGCCAUUUCCUCCUGAGCAAGGGGAUGAGUUGCCUGAGCUGGACAACAUGGCUGACUACUGGUUGGGUUCCAUUGCCAGGGCCACAAUGCAGACAUAUUGUGAUGUGAUUCUUCAGAUUCCUGAGCUGACUCCACACUCCACAAAACAGCUGGCUACAGACAUCGACUAUCUGAUAAAUGUGAUGGAUGCCUUGGGCCUCCAGCCAUCCCGGGCCCUCCAGAACAUGGUGACUCUCUUGAAGACCAAACCAGAGGAUUAUAGACAGGCAGCCAAAGGUCUCCCCCGUCGACUAGCCAGCAAAGUGGCCUCCAUGAGGAAUGUGAAUUACUGAUCCUACUAUGCAGACUUUGGAAGGUGGAGUGAGAGCUAAUAUUCUGGGCCAGCAACAGUAUUCCCAUAUUUAUUGGGAAUAUUUUACCAACCCGGCCAGGAAUCAAGGCAUCUUCUUGAACAGGAAGAUUCAUUUGUAUAGUCCUCAAAGCGUUGUGGGUAGAGGGCAUAUUAUUUAUUAGGGUAAAUAUUUUAAUCUUUUUUUGGAAUGAUCUGAUUUUUCAAAUGGAAUUUACGAUGAAAAUGAAGAAACUUUAAAAAAAACUAAUCUUUGUGUUAA